AUGGCUUCCAGACUCACGUUGAGGACAGUGGCGCGAUCGCAGACGCUAUGGACACGGCCCGUCUCGACAUCGGGUGUGCGCGCUGCUGACAAGGACGACAAGAGCAUGUAUGACAAGGUCAAGGACAAGGCUGGUGAGGUCCUGGAGAAUGUAGGACAGGCGUUCACCGAGAGCGGCAAGGUCGGCAAACAGUUCACAGAGGACGGCAAAGCAGGCGGCACAGCUGAGGAGGUUGGGGGCCCCUUGGACAAGGAUGGAAAGGUUGGACACCAGUUCACAACAGAUGGUGCAGUAGGUGGCAGGGUUGAGAAGGCAGCAGAGAAGACAAGGGAGGCGGGCAAGGACGCGCAGAAGGAGGCAAACAAACACUGA